AUGCGGCUCAAAGAGCUGCGCCGAAGGGCGGCGUGGCGGGAGUCCCGGUCGCGGCGUUCGGCUGCGGGCUCCUCACGGCCCCGAGCUGUCUCCUUUUUUUUUCCCCGAAGGGCGGUGUACUGUCCCGGAAGAAACUGGGGCGGCUUUGGACUGGGGGACGCCCGGCCCAGAGACUUGGCGGGGGCCCGGGAGCCCCUCCAACCCGGGACCCUGUCAGACCCGGGACCCUGUCAGACCGGGACCCUGUCAGACCCGGAGCCCUGUCAGACCCGGGACCCUGUCAGACCGGGACCCUGUCAGACCCGGAACCCUGUCAGACCCGGAACCCUGUCAGACCCGGGACCCUGUCAGACCCGGAGCCCUGUCAGACCCGGAACCCUGUCAGACCCGGAGCCCUGUCAGACCCGGGACCCUGUCAGACCCGGAGCCCUGUCAGACCCGGAGCCCUGUCAGACCCGGAGCCCUGUCAGACCCGGAGCCCUGUCAGACCCGGGACCCUGUCAGACCCGGAGCCCUGUCAGACCCGGAGCCCCUCCGACCCGGGACCCUGUCAGACCCGGAGCCCUGUCAGACCCGGAGCCCUGUCAGACCGGGACCCUGUCAGACCCGGGACCCUGUCAGACCCGGGACCCUGUCAGACCCGGGACCCUGUCAGACCCGGAGCCCUGUCAGACCCGGAACCCCUCCGACCCGGAGCCCUGUCAGACCCGGGACCCUGUCAGACCCGGAGCCCCUCAGACCCGAGCCCCACUCCCACGCUUGAGCCUCUCCCCUGGACGCCUGCAACCUGGUAUGGAAGGACCUGUUGGUUGUAAACUGUUUUUGAGUAAAUCCUCAGCAUUUGGAGCCAGUGCUGCUCCCCAAGUCUGCAUUUAG